AAUAAUAAUAAUAGCACCACUGAUAAAAUUGUCUUUUAUAAAUAAGAUAUAGAAAACUUACGCAAAUAUCAAUUCGGAUGUACGUACGCAUCGAGUGAAGACUACGUACAUGUAUAUAGGGCAGUUUUAAGUUAACAUGUAUAAUUAGGCAUUAAGUGUUCACUCAAUGUGUUUGUGCAUUUAAUAUGUCAGAAUUAAUGUCUAGCUAAAUCAGUGCCUUUGUUUUGUUCGUUUGUUUGCUGUUGUUUUUUUUAAUUUAUUUUUCAGGAAAAUAUCAAACAUGAACGAGAUCUGUAACUAUAUUUCAGUUAUUUUCAUACUGCAUGUUGUUGAUGAUCAGUUUGUUUAAUUUAUAGUUAAAUGUUGCAACAUUUUUACACAUUUUAAAUCUUAUGUUACAAUUUGCAUGAGAUUGUUUUUGUUUUUUGAUAAGUUAUUGAAAAUUUAAUUGUAGUUGUAGUUUCUGUCUAAUCUAUAGUUAUUCUUCUACUUCCACUUACGUAGCUAAAUUUUUUUUAAAUUACUUGGACUAGAUCUAUUCUAACUAUGUUAACUUAACUUUAAUAAAAAUUUGAGCCCUUAAGGAGUUUUAGAAAUGUAUGUACAAUGUUUACUUACUAUAAUAUGUGAAAAUAUCUUUGAUAAGAUCGUGUUUGAUCUAUAAGUAAAAUUCUGUUAUAAUUAUUUUUUCAACUUCCCGGUAUGUUAGAUACAGCUUUUUGUUACUUCAUUUGUAAGUAAUGUCAAAUAAUUACUGUAUGCAAAAUAUUUCAGGUACAGUAUAAUGUACAUUUCUCAACACGGCGAUUACAAAGUCAUCGGUAUCUCAAAUUAAGAUACAUAUACAUAUUGUAUGUGCCUUUAUAGAAUAAAUUUAGAUUUUUGAUAUGUUUUCAUGUUCUCAUUAUCGUUUUAAGUUACUGUAUCUUGUAAUUUUGCAAUGGAACGAAAAGCAAUGUUAUUUUACACAUUUGUUCUUUGAUGAAAUUCUUCACAAACCUGUUUUCUCACUCCUGUCAUUACCACCUUAUUAUCAAUUAAUUGAGGAAUAAAUGGCGGAGAGUACAGAGCACCGACAUUAACAACAUUUCUGUUGGGUAGGAUUAAAAAAAAUAUUGACAAUAGAAGUGCGGACUACCUGCAUUUGUAUGUUAAAAACAAAUGUAACAAAAUACAACUAUUUUUCUUUGUCGGUAAACAAAUUAUCACCUGGUGAAGUUAGAUAUGAUUGGGUCAUUUAAGCAACCAAUCUGCACUUAUUUUACUUUCUUCCAUUUUUGAAAUGAAUAAAAGGACAGUUACAGCUUCAAUCCUUCCAUUCAGUUAUUACUGUCUACAUUGUUGCAUUACAUUAUUAUCUAAGCCGUUUGUGUUCAAAAGGAUUAAUAACUUCAUCUCGUUCUAUAUAGUUUUAGUGUAAAGAUCUAUUUUGAAAGUGUUAAAUAUUAUAUAAAUACUUUUUGUGAAACUUUGUACAACAAUGGCUUACCGUCCACUCACAAAACCCACAGAUACCCAUUUCUCGUGCGGUAUAGAUGCGACAAUAAACUUCAGAUCAGAACAUCCGGAUUUAUCCGAAGUGAAGAGAUUGCCAUUGACGAAACUUAGGACAUUCAGUGGGGGAACAAGGGCCAGGUAGAUGUCGCUGUUAUAAUCGCAUCUGGUUCAGAGAAGGACAUGCGGGCCCGUAUGACCAAAGAGCAGAGUUCAGGGAAACAAAGGAGCAAACCGCAAAAGAGGAAGGCAACGGAAUCAGUCAAAACUCCGAGUGGUAAACCGGCAGCUAAAGUACUUGAUGCAUGUUCUCCUCCAGGCUAUUACCCAUCGACGACUGUGCAGGUGACCGGAAACAGCAUCACCGUAACCACAACGACGUCUGCCCACAGUACGCCGGUGACGUCUGUGUCAACUGCUCCAGUGCCGGCAGCUACACCUGCCCAUGAAGCUGCCAACAGACUUGCGCCAGAGCCCAUAGAUCCACUACCGUCUGUGCCCGAUGCAUGUUCUCCUCCAGGCUAUUACCCAUCGACGACUGUGCAGGUGACCGGAAACAGCAUCACCGUAACCACAACGACGGCCGCCAACAGUUCAUCGGUGACGUCUGUGUCAUCUACUCCAGUGCUGACAGCUACACCUGCCCAUGAUGCACUCACACCAUCCACACCGUCGCGACCAGAGUUUAGCUUUCGAUCAGUACGACCAACCUCAGGUAACCAGUUGCUUACUUACCUUCAGGGCAUAGACGCUGCCCAGGGAUCGCUUAUGAAAGAAGUUGAAAAGUUGAAGAAACAGGGCGAGGCGACAUCCAGGAAAUACAACGAAAUUAUAGACAAUCAGAGGGCAAUCAGGAAAUUACUCGAGAGAUUAGUGGCCCAGGGAUCGGUUCCUUCUGGAAUAACCGAGACUGCAGAAGCAGCACAAGACCUUCGGUCUGAUGGCAUACCAGACCACUACACGAUCGACGAGGGGGUACUGCAGCAAAUGGUUGCCGACUCUCACUGCCCGGGAAACUUUGCGGGAAAACUUGUGCUUAGGUUCUUUCCGGAACUCUUCGGAAUCGGGAAUUUAAGGUUCCAAUAUAAUUGGUACGAUGGCGGAAAGCUUCAGAAAAGUGAACUGUGUCCUGUUAGGAAGUGUGCUAUAAGGAAGUAUGUAACGUACUACUACCCAGACGUAUCUUCAGAAAUAGUGUGGAAGGAACGCGUUGUUCCCAAAAUCAAUGAACUGUUGAGACGACAGACUCGCAAUCAGCGGAAGGAGAGGCGGAGGGCCAAGUCCGAGGUUGAGGCUGAAAAUGACCAGGCGCCGUUGACAGACUUGUCACUGGGUACAUUUAUGAAUUUCCUAAACAUGGAUUGAGAUGAGGACGCACCCCCUUGGUCAUGAACCAUGAGGCCAUUUGUCGUUUUUCAGUGUAGGCACUGUAGAUAAGUGUUUUAUUUGUUUUAUGUUUCAUGUUCAUGCCCUUGUUAUUUUGUUCACAUGUAUUGAUAUUUGUGUCUAUGUGUAAUUGUCUGCAUCUUUUUAUGUUUUUUAUUUGUCUCCGUUUGUAAAUAUAUGUAUAUUGCUGUAUAUAAUGUUAUUUGGUUAUGACUCAUGAGUGUAUUCGCCUCAAAUUUGUGUAAGCAUUGAUAAGUGUUUUACUUUUUUUCUUCAUGUUCCUGUUAUUUUGUCUACAUGUGUAAGCGUCUAUGUAUAAUUGUGUGCUUGUUAUUAUGUCUUUGUCUCAUUAUGUAAAUGUAUGUAUAUUGCUGUAUAAUGUUAUUCUUAAUAGAUGAGUUUUAUAUGGUUGAAGAAAAUAAAAGAAAAACUUCCGACUUUUCAUUGUUUGAUGUAAUAGUAGUGUUUGGUAUAAAACUACCAGUAGUUGAGUCCAUGUAGUUAUUAAUCUUGAAUCCCUACAAAAAAAGCUACGUCUUCAUGAUGGUUAGCAACAAUUGUCCUUAUCAAUGUGAAAAGUGGGAAAACCACGCUAAGACUUCCUAUGAAUAUGUACAAAACAUGCUAGGAUUUAAUAUCACAGUAAAGCCGGUCUAGGUCUGACACUUACAUAUUAGGAAAAUGGUUAAGUACGGACAAAGGUUGUUGGGGAAUUAACAUCCGUAUACCAAGGCCCUGGAUGCAAACUGGAUCUGAAGAAAUCAAGCAAAACAAUUUAUUAUUGUCGGUACAUGUUAACAUGGUUAAAUACUGAUGCGAUGCAAGUUGCAAGAACUAAUGUAACUUACUUUUAUCCAAUAUUUAGAAUUAAUAUGCAUUGAAUCUGCACACGUACUUGUACAUAAUGUUAUGAUAUCCGUACGCUUCAUGCAGUUAACGAAGUAUGAUCACAUUCUAAUACAUCUAUUAUAAAAUUUAAAAAAAAUAUAAAAUACUAAAAAAUCGUUGAAAUUUAAUAAUAUUUAUACAUGUUUUUUUGUAUCAUAGGCCUACAUAUUUAAUUUUUAAGUUAAACAAUGUUAGUAAUAUUAGUGAAUAAACUGAACAAAUGAAAUCUUGAAAGAAAAUGUAAACUACUUCAAACAUCAUUGAAAUUUACUCCUGUAUUUAAUAUUUAUGUAAAACAAUAUUGGUACUUAUAGUAAAUAAAACAAACAAAUAAAAAAACUUUGAAUUUCUCGCAUGCAUAAUCACCUCAAUCAGCAUUGAACUAUAGAAACCUGUUAAUAACAAGAACAGUAUUUUUAACGGGUAUAUAAUAAACAGAAAACAUUUGAUCAACAUAUAGGGUGAUAAUAUAAUUAUACUUAGAUUCCGACAAUUACCUGAAAUGUACGACGUGAUUAUUGUUUUUCACAUAAUAAAUAUGAUUUUUAAACAAAUCAAAUAAUUUCUCUCGUUAUUUAAACCUACAGGACUCGGUUUUAAUAGAAAUAUCUGCAUUUACAUUUUGUUAAUAGAAAUUAUAAAUGACACCAUUAUUAUUGAUUUAUCGAUUGAACACGGAGAUGCAUCGUGUCCGGACACUGCAAAUCACCACGUUCACAUCGCUGCGCAUUGCAGUGCAGACUGAAAUAAACGAACACAGUGUCCGCUCAGGACUGCUAGCGUGUCCGGGACACCACAAUUGAACACGCUCGUUAAGUUUUUGUCGCGAGGGUCGCGUGACAACUUGACUUUUCAUCUUGGACGUACUGUACAUCUGUCAAGUUCUAUUUUCUCGUUGAUUAUUCAGAGAAGAAAGCUGAUUGUAUGACCAAGUUUGUGUACAAGUACAGAAAUGCAUGACUUCACUUCACGUAAAGAUAGGACUAGAAGAAUAAAGUUUAAAUCUCUCACCUGACUGACCAGGACUCGAGCUUAAGGACUGCCCUAUUGCCUGGGGUAGGCAAAAGAAGUUUGGGCAAGCCAAAAACCAUACUCAGUUGCCCGUCAAGCAGUGAAAUAUAUGACAGAUCCCAAGAAAUACUUCUCUGAAAAUCAUGUACCACUGUUUUUGAAGCUAAACUGCACUGCAAUAUCUCAUCACAUCACCAUACAUUGGACAACUAAAGAUUGGGUUUGGGCAAGUACAAAAAUAGCAGCUGAAGUUGCCCUAUGGCUAUGGAUGACUGCUCUACAGAGUUGAAGUCAAGCCCUGCUGACCUGAGUCCCAAACCAGAAUUCCGACAUCCCUGUAUGCAAAGGGAGACUCCAAAGAGAAAUCUUGCUUUGUUCACAUAAACUUUAUAUCAUUUUAUGUGCUGAAUCUACUAGGUAGGGAUGGAUUGACUAAAAAACUUAAUACUUUUUGGGGUUUAUUUUGAUCUUUGUCAUGAUUUUGGCAAGUAGUUAUUGAAAACCAAAAAAAAAUUUAUUGGAUGCCAUUCAAGUCGCUUAAUCCUGUGAAAUAUAUUUCUUGUGAAUGUUCAGCUGUCACUCUGUGUUGAGCUGAAUGAGCAGGUGCAAUUUUAUACACGACAUGCUUGUCUCUUUUUUAAAUGCCAUGUGUCAUCAUAUAUAACGUUUUUGUUGU